ACGUCCAAUUUUUGCAAAUAUGUUUAUUUUAUUAGUUAUGCUCUAUUUUGGAAGUAUUUGGUGUGAAAAUUUGGGAGUUUGUAAACCUUUUAAAUUAAAUCAACAGCAUUUUGAUAAACAGCUUAUGGGGCACGGGUUUUUUGAGUUAGAAUCGGGGCAUCAUGACUGCGUAAGAAACUGUUGGUACCUAUCCGCAUGUAAAUCCAUAGAUUAUGACAGACCCAAACACACGUGCAGGCUGAAUGACGCGGACACCUCAUCCGUGCUGGAAACAGAGUUUGAGACUCGAGCUCUUGCUAUCUACUCGGACAUCAACGAAUGGCCAAGCGAAAUGGCCGGUAGUUGUGGUUCUCGGCCCUGCUCACCGACACAAAUGUGUGUUCCCACAAAUCCGCCGCAGUGCAUGGAUAUUAUAUGUGGUGACGUACCGCCGAUAAGUAAUGGUAACAUUGAACUUGUGGUUCCGGAAGGAAACAAGCUCCUUGGCGUUGCGGUGGUAACGUGCAAUGAAGGAUACUUGACAAAUCAAUCAAGUAUAACUUGUCAAGUCUCUGAAAUACCUGGCAAGGCGAUAUGUGUAAACGAAGACCUAGAUACUUUAAAAUGUCAUGUAAAUGGAAAGUGGGAGACGUCAACAUGUGAGCUGGCGGACUGUGGCGAACCUAUAAUAGGAAAUGGUAUAGCCUCCCUUACAGAUCCAGCCAACACGACUUACAUGGCAACAGCCGCUGUCACAUGUAAUGCAGGAUAUGAGACGACCACAUUUUCGAUCACAUGUCAAGCCUCUGCAACGUGGGAACCAGUAGAGUGUUCAAAAAUAAGUUGCGGAUCUGUACCAUAUUUAGCGAAUGGCAAAUAUACGCUUGCUUCCGCAGGACAAAAUUUGUACCUUGAUACAGCUGUUGUGGCGUGUAAUUACGGCUACACUGCGAGCGUGCCCUCUAUUAAAUGUCAGUCUUCUAAACAGUGGACAACAGCGCAUUGUGCAUGUAUGCCGAUUGGCAGCUAUAUGGGAACUUUGAGUAAAACUAAGUCCGGACAUACUUGUCAGAGAUGGGAUUCUCAGUCACCCCAUCCCCAUAGCGAAUGGAACACUGCAGGUUAUUUUCCGGACUCUACCCUUUCUGCAGUGGCUAACUAUUGUAGGUCAGGCGGAGAAGCAUACCUCUGGUGUUAUACGAUCACUUCUGUAAGAUGGGAAGAAUGCACAAAACCUCAGUAUAUCUGCUGAUCUACACUCAAAUUCUGAAGUCAAUGACGCAUUACGUCAUUACCCAUAAUACUGCUGGAAAAAAGCACUUCCGUAAAAAAACAUUAAGAUCUACGUUAGAUAGAAUGGCUGUGUGCUGAUUUGAUCCAUCAGCAAACAGAAAACUUUUUGGGCAAUAAUUUUGUUUCAAUGCAAAAUACUCUAGUAUAUUAUGUUAAUGUUGUAUGUCAUAUCUGGUACUGAAAUGUGUUUACUUAAUUAUCGCUUUUAAGGGUUAGUAUGUAUGUAUUCCAUUUUAUAAUGUGUUGACCUUUGUAGCAUUUUUCGACAAAGUAACUUGAUAUUACGGCUAACCAUCUAAAAAAAUUUAGAUUAAGUAAUGUAAAAUUUAAUCUGUUUAAUAUUUCCAGACCGAAACUCCAGCUGCUUAAAGAGAAUUCCUAUAGUUUUUUCCUUUCAUAGAAUUUUUUCAAAUUCACAAAUAUCAUAGGAAAAUUUGUACUGAAAACAAUGAACAAAUAAAAGCAAUGGGUUUGUUUUUGUGAAAAAUUGUUGUUUCACUGUUGCUGAAACUGCUAGUGAUUUUUCAACAUUUUCAUAAUUUUCUGCUUUUUUUAUAAAUACCAACCAAAAUAUAUAUCAAGACAGCACAAUAAGGUUCAUUCUUUUUACAGAUUUUAUUAUAUACUUAUUUGAUAUCAUAGUCAUAUUUGUAAUACUAUAUCCUUACAAUAAUGGGUACAAAUGAAAAAAAAAUCCUGUUUCAUAUUCACUUUUGUGAACUUUUUUCAAUGAAAAAUACCCAUAGUGAAGAUUUUUUUUUUAAUUUGAUAAAAACUCUUUCUUAGAAUUUUUUCC